CAUUAUUCAUCUCCAUCUCCAGCAGUUGUUAAAAGCGAAUGGUCCAGUGCGGUGGAGAAUUCUGUUCAUUCAUCUGGCAUUGAAGUGCGUCGCUUGCCAUACUCUCGAGUCAUUGCACAAUUGUCUAUCGGCAUGGCCCCCCUCUCUGGGUUGACUUCUUCAUGUGCCUGCCACGGAUGUGUCAACGGUAGUACAUAUCUCAGUGGUAUAGUAGGUCGUACUGUAGCAUGGAGCUAGGGAUGUAUUUGACAACGUAGCGCCAGCUUUUGUUAACAGUAGAUGACACCCUGGGCAUCGUUGCAAAGAUCCCGACCUAGCGAUGGUUUCUUUGGAGCUUUCGUGCAAGCAGAAUAUCUUUCUCGUUGAUGUUGAAUGUGGAGAUUGGAAAGACUCUGCGCAGAAUAGCUGUUCAAUCCGCUAUUGGGUGGCAUUAACCGGUCCGACCAACUAGUUUACAGCCGAACCAGACCAACUCGACAUGGUGAUUUUUUUUUUAUUUCCGAGGGCUAUACAAAAGCAUUGCAUCAUCGUCAUCGUCGUCCUCAUUCAGUGCGAGUGCAAAAAGUCGAUGCAUUCGUCUUGAUACGAAGACCACAACUGAGGAGUGUGCUGCGCGUAUGCUGAAGCAACGUGUUCCAUUAUUCACGGGAGUCUGGUCACACAGGCAGGGUGAACUGUCAGCCAAGUUGGAGGGCGGAGCCAUCCAUUACAUUCCACCACACGUUGCCCCUUCCUCUGCUUCUUCCUACUCAAAUCUCACUCGUCUACGUCUUCACCUGUCAAUCUCUUGUCCAUGCGACCCACCCCAUCCCUGUAGCUGCAAUUGCUGACGGAUCACACUGUAGACUUCACCUUGGUCCGCGAAGGAAUCUGACACUGGCUCCGAACUGUGGUUACAGGAGCGCACCGUCACAGUCGCUCUGUGGUCACAUCAUCUUGGCCCUCUGCAUGAGGUUGCGUUUUAGAAGAAUUGGGAGCCCCCUUCUAUGAAGUUUGAGGGGAUCAACCGAUCUGAGCCCAAAAUGCUCUAUUCUUCUGCGCCAGAGCAAGCCAGCGCAAAAACGACCGAGGAAGAUGAAAGCAGCCAGCCUUCGGUUAUUAAUAUCAACGUUCACCCAGACGAUGCAAAGUGUGCAGUAUUAAUGGCUUGCAUGAAGGCCCUCAUUAUGCUCGGCAAUCGGCCGUGUUCUCCAAAGGAACUUGCUGCAUUCAUUCUAAAGCACAAACUUGCUACCCUCGGUGGUCAAACACCAUAUGCAACGGUAUCGUCGCGAAUUUCACAACAUUUUAAGCGAUGUGCGGAAGGUGUCCGUCGACCUCUUCUCGGCAAAAAGGCGGUCGUGGAAUCCAACAGACGAACAAAUGUGGGAAUGCCACGUAAAUGGCGAUAUUAUGUUGACCAAGCAGGUGUGCCGGUUGCCGACGAUAGUGAACCCAUCGAGGAUAUUGAACCUCUCUUGGGCAUGACGGGAACUGAUAUCGAGCAGUGGAGGAAAAAGCAUGGUAGCGAAAAGGAUGGCUCGUCUUCAAAGUCGGGAAGCGGAUCCCGUGAAAGCUCCAAGGCGACUUCCGGUAGGAAGCGAUCGGCGGGUGAUCAUCCGCGUAAGACUCUCAAAGCGGACGGAACACCCGUAAAAAGAGACCCACACUCUCCACCUCUAUCCGCACAGACUUCGGCCAAGGGAAGCCCGGAGGCCUUUGAAACACCUUCAGGUAAGAGGGAACGACCUCCGCAGCAAGAAGCCAGUCCAAAUGAGGAAGGAUCUUCAGGCGACGAACCAUCGUUAACUCCAACAUCUGAGCCAUACGAGGAAAUAGUCAAACGUAAGGAUCUUUUCGCUGCCGAUGCAAUGGAGACGUCCCAUGAGGUUGCUUGCAAGAUGCUGCAACAUCAUCGCACGGAACUGCAGGACGACUUCCCGGUGAAGAUGAAGCGGAUCCGGGCCGAUUCGUGAGCAUAGAGAACUCGGCUGUAGAUUUUGAUCGUGCGCAUAUGCGGGUGGUGUAUUCAGGGCUGCCCGCCUUUUGGUAUUCUGUUUCAAACCAUAUACAAAUAGCAUUUCCCUAUGGAUGGAAAGCUCCUUCUGUGUCAAAACAAGAGAAAACGAAAAUCAGAUCAUUUGCUUUUUCUGCGUGUAUUACAAUCUCAUUCCACUGGCUCCACCGCAGUCUACAAAGAUCUAUAACGGUCCUUAUGCGCGUAAACCGUUCAGACAGGCCUCUUGAACCAGAUGAGGCCAAAUAUAAUCAAAUU